CUCCGCCACACUCUGCGCUUGCGCGGGCAUCGCCGACAUAAAGGCGCCGUCCAUGGACGGGAGAAUAGGGUACGGCGUCUCUUGCGCUCGUAUUUUCGCCGGAGAAAUUCCCGUCGUCGCGUGCAUGGGUGCCGACGGCACCUCGACUAGACAUUCUCUUGCCUCGAGGGAUUGGUCUGUGUCAAGUACGACGGCGUCGAACCCUUCCACACAGAGCGCUUCGCUGAGCUGUCGGCGAGAACGGACUAAGGGGACUACUAGCUUGGGAAUACUAACAUUUGACGGCGCUCACAGAGAAGACGAUGCUACGCUUGCCGUAACCUUCGGCUUCAAAGAGGUCGAUGAUGUCUUUGGCUUGUCUCACCAGCGCGCGCGCGUUGCCAGACUUCCGUGGGUCAAGGAAGGUAAAGUGCAGUCCGUCCACUUCCCCAAGUUGCUCUACGCCGAGUGCGACCAGCUAUGGACGCCUCCGACAGGAUCCUAUGCACGUCCCAAUCUUCGACAGGCCUGAUCACGCUCUUCGGUCAUGGUUGUUCAUGACUCCCGAAUGCAAGGCCUACGCACCUUCCUUGGAUGGCACGCUUGAACGCGGUCCAUGCAUGAUACACGGAAUCGUCUUCAUGGAGGCCUCGGCGCAGUAGGCUUGGCGUCAACCACGUCGCUUUGUACGGCCAACGUCGCUCCCUUAGCACUACACCAGUGGCGUUAUAGGGUAUACGAACCGUCGUCGGUAGGGUGCCCGAUCUACAUCAGAUGAUAGAAGCAUGGAAGGAGAUGUCACGAC